AUGCUUGUCGGACAGUUUGCCGUCUUCCUGUGGCGUCGUUACCGCCGCUCCGGCCAGGAUCAGUCUGCUGUGCAUUCCGAGCAAGGAUCUGACUCGGAAAAACAAGCCCUUAUGAACGAUGAACUCCCUCCUAAGUACGAGGACGAUCGGAACUAG